AUGGCAGUUCAAGGGGUGGAGCAGACCAUCCUCCGGGAUCCGGCUCUUUUCUAUUGGAUUCUCUUCCCCAUUUCGGUGGUUAUGAUACUUACCGGAAUCCUGCGCCACUAUGCGACUGUUCUGAUGAACACGCCCCCCAAGCCCCCCUCCACUCUUGCCGAGUCGCGCGAACGACACGCCCUUCUCCGCGGUGUCAACCUGCGAAACCACGCCCCCGCUGUGCUGGACCGCGAAUCCUUCGAAGCCCGCAAGAACUACCUGGUCGCCGGUUUCCGUGAUGGCAGCUUCCUGAAGGACCCCAACAACCGCGGCCAGCCGCCGGCCAACCCGAUGACCGAUCCCCAGGGCAUGGAGGCUAUGAUGGGCAUGUUGAAGGGCAACAUGAUGAUGAUGAUUCCCCAGACACUGAUCAUGAGUUGGAUCAAUGCCUUCUUCUCGGGCUUCGUCAUUUUGAAACUGCCAUUCCCGUUGACCAUCCGCUUCAAGUCUAUGCUGCAAUCUGGUGUCAUGACUCGUGACCUGGAUGUGCGAUGGGUGUCCAGUUUGUCCUGGUACUUCCUCAACCUGAUGGGUCUGCAGUCCGUGUUUGGCUUUAUCCUGGGCAGUGACAAUGCCGCCAACCAAAUGGCCCAGCAAAUGGGCAUGGCCAACCCCGCGGCCAUGAUGAACCCCAUGCAGCCCGGCCAGGACCCCGAUAAGCUCUUCCUCAACGAGGCCGAGAACCUAGAGGUGAUGGAGCAUUUCUGCAUCCUUGACGGCGUCGAGGAGAGAGUUCUGCGGAAUUUUGCGCCCGAGGUGAAGUAA